UAAUGUGUUGACCUUCCAUGGGAGCAAGGAGCUGAAUUUGUUUUUCCUCCUCGUCCAGAAGCAGCAGCAAGAUGUCUAAUGAGCCACCCCCGCCUUAUCCAGGAGGCCCUACAGCCCCACUGCUGGAAGAAAAAAGUGGAGCCCCACCCACCCCAGGCCGUACCUCCCCAGCUGUGAUGCAGCCGCCACCAGGCAUGCCACUGCCCUCUGCUGACAUUGCCCCCCCACCCUAUGAGCCACCUGGUCAUCCAGUGCCUCAGCCUGGCUUUGUGCCCCCUCACAUGAAUGCAGAUGGCACCUACAUGCCUGCAGGUUUCUACCCUCCUCCAGGCCCUCAUCCACCAAUGGGCUAUUACCCACCAGGGCCCUACCCACCAGGGCCCUACCCUGGCUCUGGGGGCCACACGGCUACAGUCUUGGUCCCAUCAGGAGCAGCCACCACGGUGACAGUGCUGCAGGGAGAGAUCUUUGAAGGUGCGCCUGUGCAGACAGUGUGCCCCCACUGCCAGCAGGCUAUCACCACCAAGAUCUCCUACGAGAUUGGCCUGAUGAACUUUGUGCUGGGCUUCUUCUGCUGCUUCAUGGGGUGUGAUCUUGGCUGCUGCUUGAUCCCCUGCCUCAUCAAUGACUUCAAGGAUGUGACGCACACGUGUCCCAGCUGCAAAGCCUACAUCUAUACAUACAAGCGCUUGUGCUAACGGAGCCAGACUUGGACUCCCCCACCAAUCAGUCUGGCCCCAUGUGCUUUGCUCCCCAUGCUCAGUGGUCACUACUCCCUCCCCACCCCUACUUAGGGUUGGACGUUUUGCCACUGUACCCUGGAAAUCCUGUCCUCUCCUUGCCCUUCCCUAAGCAUCCAACUCUUCCAGCAAAAAUUCCGUUGGAUUUGAGGCCAAGAGCCAGUGGGUGGCAUGGGGGUGGCACUGAUCUUGUGUGUUGCUUGGGCAUUUACAAUCCAGAAGACAAGCUGAAGAGGGUCCCUUACUGGGUCCUCAUUCUUCCUUUUCUAUAUAAGGUCCAGGCUGGUCCUUACUCUUCUGGGGACCAAGAGAGCACCGAGAAAACAUCAACAGGUCCCAGACGAGGCCCUAUAGUGAGGGCUGUGUCUGGACCAACAGCUCUUCCUGACCUGCUGGAAUGAGGUCAGGGCAUCAUGUAGGGUUAAGUGGACCCAAGCAAGAAAGGGUCUUAAGGCCUGGGUUUAUGUGGGGUGUGCUGUCUGGGGUACCAGGGUCGGGUAAGAAAGAAAUGACUGCCAACCCUGGACCUCAGAACUCUCAGGUAUGGAAACCCAGGGCUUCUACCCACUGUCCAGGAGGUCCCCAAGAGCUGCCUGGUAUAAGGCAAAAAGGAAGCUGGGCUAGUUAAAGCCCUGGUAGCCAAGAACUUGCUUACUUGUU